UAGAGUGCACCACACUGCAGUCCUCCCUGCAGCCUCUCCAUCCUCUGGCUUCCCUGCGCCCUUCCUGCAGGUGGAAAAGGAUUCACACACAGCACCGUGGCGAUGGCACUCAUCUCAGUCUUGGCGGUGUUGGCUCUGGUGAUUUCUGCUGAAGCCAGCGUAGGACCAAGCACCAACAGCAGCUUUUGCACUGAGUCAAAGGAGUGUCUGGAAUACGAACUGGUCUGCAAAACAGAUGAGUAUGAGGUGCGACACUACAGCCCGACUCGCUGGGUGUCAACAGACGCUGAAGCCUAUUUUAUGGGAGUAGGUGCUGCCAUGGCUUUCAGGAGACUCUUCCAGUACAUCACUGGAGCCAAUGAAGCAGGAAUCCAGAUGGACAUGACUGCCCCUGUCCUAGUCAAGAUCCCCGAGGAGACCAGGAUGUGGGAGCCAGCUAUCUACACCCUCAACUUCCCACUCCCUGCAGCCUAUCAGGACAAGCCGCCUGCACCCACCAAUGACAAGCUGUAUUUCACAGAGAUGCCCGACAUGAAUGUUUAUGUGAGGAGCUACGGAGGCUGGAUGCUGUCAGUCACCUCCAGGCUGCAUGCCCACCUGCUGACUAAAGAACUAGAGAGAGUACGGGCUUCCUACAACCACACCUACCACUAUGGAGUUGGCUAUGACAGUCCCCUGAAGCUGCUGAACAGGCACAACGAGGUGUGGUAUGUGGCUGAGGGGGAGCCCGUUUGCACAGACCCACAAGAACCCACCCCUGCGCAUACACCCACACCCACACACACUCUGACUGACUCUCCCACAGACACGCCAUCUGACUCUCCCCCUCACACACUCUCUGAUUCACCCUCACUGACACCGUCCAACCUGUCCUCAUACACGCCGUCCAACUCUUCCUCACAAGCGCCAUCCAACCCACCCUCUCUCUCUCCGUCUCACACCCCCACUAGCGUCUCAUCCCACUUACCGCCCAAAGCCACAUUCAGCAAUCCCCCAACCUCCACCCAGAUUCCAGCGGACCCGACAACCAAUUCCUCCAAUCCCGUGCCGGCGAGCCCCUCCCUGGCCCCCGACGCUGACUCUGCCCUCUGGAACAACACAGCGAACAGCACUCUGGAUACACAGACUGACAGCAAUCCCAUGGUUGAGCCUGCUAACACUCAUUAGCAAACUGUCACCUUUGUUUUACCCAUCCAUUCCAGGUAUAUCAGAAUGGAGUGUAAAUGAGGAAGGAUACAGAGAGAGAGGCGUGAGAUGAACAUGAGUGAAUGUGUGUGACAUCAAGAAAGAAAGAGUAAGUGAGAUCAAGAUGCUCCUCUCCUCCCUGUGUGUGUGUGUGUGUGUGUGUGUGUGUGCAUGUGCGACCUGGUGUCUCCCACCCCAGCCUUGCUUCUCUAUUCAUGUGUAUUACACCCUCUCUCCCUUGUGGCACUUAGUGUUUAACUACAUGUUCUAUCACAGCUAGGCACCUGCAGCUCAUAGUAUCAGCAAACACAUAAAAUAUGAUGGCUUUCCAUUUUGUCAUUCUAAAGGUACAGUUAUGUCAUAGAAUUAAGUAAGAUAUGUGUUAGAUAGGAUUUAGCAUUGUUGUGUUAAUGAUCUCAUCCAGCUAACUUUGAAGACAGGGAGAGACCCCACCUUACCCCCUUCAACAUCAGUCUAACCCUAAAACUACAGGAGCAUCCCACUGGGUGUGCCCAGCUCCAGCGACUAUUAGAAAUGGAAGUCUGUACUUAGUUGACUAGCAAAGCGUAUGUUGUACUGUAAUACUGUAACCACAGUUUUAUAUCAGGAGACUGUCUUUAUUCUCUUGCUGUGUAAAGUUAAACCAUGUUAAUGGAGUUAGUUUCUGUAUUUAGUGACUAUUUUAACCUGUCUCCCUCAGUAGUUCUCUCCUUCGUUUGCUCCCUGCUGUUCAGUUCUUCAGGUUAUGUAUUGGCCUCUGCUAUCUGUUCGGCCUCAUGUUGUUUAUUUCAUGUGUGGCAACAUAAUGGCAAAUAUGUAUCAUUAGGUUAGUGUUUACAUUCAUUGGGAUCAUUGGUGCAGGCCUAAUCUUAAGUUGACAUUAAUAUGGCCCUAUAAAAUUUGUGUUUCCCCAAAUUUCAUUUUUCCCAUUAUCAAUUCUCCCUUCCUAAAUCAAUCCACAUUUUUAAAACAAUAUUUACGCUCAAAAGUGCCUGGAAUAAUAUGAUCCAUUGUCUUUUUAUGUAUUAUUUAUUUAUCAAGUAAUCACAAAUAUUGUGUGGUCUAUACAGCUCAAAGCUGUUUUUUGUUAAACUUGAAAUUGAUUUGCAUAUCUUUUAAUCACAAUGGGCCAAACCCACUAAACAGCCAAUGCUAAAGGCGGACUAGAAAUGUUGAUGUGGAAAUGUGAAUCAAGUAUUUAGAAGGGUUGAAUUUUCUUUUUCACUGUUUCAACUUAGUCCAAAACAAUUCAGACAUCUCAAUGACAACACAACUCAACUCUUUUUUAUUUUUUGGCUUUAUUUUAGACAACUGUAAGACAGCUGUGCACAGUGUCAAACACAUAAACUGAUUAACCAUUCUUUCACCCAAAUAUCAAAUACUUAAAAUAUUUUCCCUACACCUCUCAGUUCCAUGUUAUUUCAUAUUAACCUACAUUACAUAACAUAAAACACUGGGCCCUAAAUUGCUUCUCAAUCAUAACCUUAAUAACCUUAAAAAAAAAAAAAACCUUAACCUUGUCUAGAGUUAAUGUUUAAUCUAAGGCUAUAUUCAUACCAAGAAAGACAAUCCAAAAAAAGUUUCCUUAUUUUCUCUUUGUGUGGUGGAGGUCUUCAAGCACCUUUCUAAACCAUGACGUGGCUUUUGACAAGGUGACUCAGAAUCCGGUCCAGAUGUCCACAGCACAUAUGGUAGGAUUGCCCCAAAGAUCCCAAAGAACCAUGCCUGAUUAACCACUGCUACAACAGUUAGAUCAGUUAAUACUAUAGAUUCUCUAUCUGUGUGUCUCUGAGCUCCAUGUUCUGAGGAAGGUGCAAUAAAAUACCAUAACAAACUC